AUGACUACGAAAGUCUCCCAAACAUGGAAGAAGAGAAGAAAGUGUACUUUGAUUGCGUAUGUCAUCCAAUACGCUACGAUAGGAUUCGAACGUUCUGCUACUUGCGUAACAUUGUGGACCUACUUAACAAAUUUAAUCAAAACUGAAUAUCCUGAAUUAUUUUUUGGACUUAUAAGCUUGGUAUAUUUUUUACCUCCCAUCUUUUUUUCCAUGGUAGUCGCUAGAUAUGCAGAUAAAACGAGAAGAGUAAAGUUGAUUAUAUUGAUAUGCAAUUUCAUCAGUAUGGUUGGUUGUAUUAUAUAUGUAAUUCCCAUAUCACCUUAUUAUCCUUUGGUUGGCCAAACUUUGCUGGGGUUCAACCUGAUUUCAAAGCCAUUGACGUAUGCAGAAAUAGCUAGAUCGUAUUCAGCAGACGAAAUGAAAAAGAAAAUACCAAUUUUAAUGGCUUUCUUUUUUGUCGGUUAUUCUUUUGGUCCAAUCAUUGGUGAAUUCUUUCAAUACGCUAAUAUAACAGUGUUUGGUUUACGUAUAACAAUUGGCAACAUCUCUGGCUUCAUUUCGUUGAUUCUUUUGAUGUUUACUCAAGUCAGUGUUGUAGGUCUAGCCAGCGAUCUGUCAAGAGAGUUUGAUUUAAAAGAAGCAACUGCAAGAAGAGAACACCAUAAUGAAAGUUACGAAAAAGAAACUUUUCUGUUUGUACUAAAAAAAGUUAUGCUAAAGUUUGACGUUUUUUUUGUAAUGAUAAUGACAGUGUUAGCUGCAUUUUUCCAAGUAGCUUUUGCACGAAGUUUCCCAGUUAUCGUUGGUUUGUUACAGUUCCCUUACUAUUUUAUUACAAUAUGUUAUAUCAGCUACGCUCUCACAGUAUUUGGAAUUAUUUUUGUUCUCACAUCAACCGAACUAAAACUCAGAACUGUUUACAUUUCUGGUUUAGCAAGUAUUUUAUUUGUUGUCAUAUCAGGAAGCUUUCAGAUCAUUUUAAUAGAAGCAAAAUUAAAUAUUUUGAGCAAUGUAAUCUUUACCAUUUUGCUGGCUGUAUGCAUAACUGUGGUAGAAAUUGGAGAACAAAUUUUUCUUGUUAUUGUUGCAGCAAAUCUAGUGUCAUCAAAACACCAGGCCUACGUGGAAAGUAUGAGAGAUGUACUAAGAAAUGUCGGAUGUAUACUAGGUAGCUUAGUAUCUGGCUAUAUUGUAGAGUACUGUUACUCGUUUUGGCUUGGAUUAACGCUGUUAUGUCUCAUGCAAGUUGUGAUAUUAAUAAUACGAAGAAAAACAUACACAAAACCAAACAUUAUUAUAUAG